AGUUUUUUUUAAUUAUUAAAAUUUUAAUCCCCUAACAAAUAUAUAUAUAUUUUUUGCAAAAUACAAAAUUGAAGCUUAUGACACGAGUCACGACAACGGACAAAGUGAAUUUGGCCCCUUAAUCAUAUACUUUGGUGAUGGAUUUAAAUUUAAUGGGCCACUUAGGAAUAUUUUUGAAAAAAAGAAAAAUAUAUACAAUUUUAAUUCCGUAGACUAGAUUCCCCCAACCCGUUCCUCGAACCUUGACAAGCAGCUGAUGAAGGAAAGCGAUGAAGGAAAGCGCAGCAAUGAUCCAAUUACUACAAAAAAAACAUAUUCUCUCAUUUACACCGUUCGAUCUCCUUCCACGUCAGCAAUCCGCGUGAAGCCUCGUUUCAACGGCAGAGAUCGCAGUUGCAGAAGUUACUGAAAAAGAGAGAAAUUUCGUUCGAUUAUUUGUUCUAAAGAUGAAGUUGACGGAAGAAGAGAGCGAAUUUGAAGAGGAAAAGGAAAUCAGGGUUAUGAAAGUGGAAGAAGUGGACGGUGAAGAUGAAAGUGCAGCAGAAGGCGGCGAAGAGGAAGAAGACGACGACGACGAUGACGAAGAUGAUGAUGAUGAUGAUGGGGAAGAUGAGGACGACGACGACGAAGACGGAGAAGAGGAGGAUGAUGAUGAAGUUCAGGUUAUUCACUCUUCCGGUGGUCCUCCGGUGCAGCCAGUGGAUGACGAUGAGGAUGAAGACGAAGAUGGGGAUGAUGAAGGCGACGAUGGCGACAGUGAAGGCGACGGCGAUGACGACAACGACGACGACGACGACAGCGAUGACGAUGAGGAAGGUGAAGAGGAGGAGGGUGUAGGAACAGAGUUCCUUGUUCGGCCUAUAGGUCCUGCUGAAGAUGAGGAAGAUGCUAGUGAUUUUGAACCAGAAGAAAAUGGUGAGGAGGACGGUGAGGAAGAGGAGGAAGAUGAAGAUGAUGAUGAGGCUGGUGGAAAGAUUGAAGCUCCACCUAAGAGGAAAAGGCCGGAUAGAGAUGAUUCUGAUGACGAUGAUGAUGGUGGAGAGGAUGAUGAGAGACCCUCCAAGCGAUAGGGCUGCCUCCUGGCCCCUUCUUUGUUCGAGGACUGACCCAUUGCCACACAGGUCAAUCUCUCUCUUUCUAAUUAGAAACAAUAUAGUAGGAUGGGUUAUGCAUUCUAGUUUUAGUUGUAUCAUCAUGGUUCAGUACUAGUAGGGAUUACAUGUUCAUUCUGGUAAUGCAUGGUUAUUAUGUUCUCUGAAAAAAGAAAACUAUUGGGAACAUCUGGUUUAGAAUUUGUGUACCUUUAUGAUGUUAGAUUACAAUGUAGAACUUUGAGAAUCCCCAUCUUUUAGGAUUGAUAGCAUGUUUUUUCUAGUCAGGUUUCCUUUUUAAAUUUUCUUAUGAUGUGUUGAAUGGUUGUUGGAUGGCAAACUAUUUUUGCAUGAUUAGUUGAUGAUGAUGAUCAUAAUGGGUCUUGCUGCAAUUCUCAAAUGAUUGAUGACCUUACUAGCAAAUUGGCAUUGGUUGAGGAAGGACGAAAGGGACAUGUGUUUUUGUGAAAAUGGGCUAGACACCUGAGAGUAACCUUUAAGAUCGUACCAGUGAUCUGAUUCUGGUUCAACUGGGCUCUGGGGCCUAAAUAUUACUGCCAAUUGCGAACCCUAUCUCCAAUCCAUUUGUUCGGACCAGACUGGAUGAUAUGGUAAACCUGGAAUUAUAUAUAUUUGUAGGUGAAGCAUGUGAACGAGUAAAAAUUAAAAUAAAGACUAACUGGCUCAUUUGGCACGGAUAGUCUUCUUUGACGUAAAAAUUUUGGGUUUUUAAGUUUGAGUUUAGCCGAUGCUGGCUUAUUAAAAUUAUUUCAAAUAUACGGCUUCUAUUUAUUUGUUUUAACUUAAUAGAUAUGAAAUAUUUUGUCUUGAUUUGAAAACUGAACAAAUGGUUUACUCUCGAAAUUUUUUCUGACAAAAAAAAAUUAAAAUAAAGAAUGCAUAAAAAGAAAUGGAAGAGGGAGGGUAAUUGUUUUAUUUGGAGAAAUGUGAAGAAGUUGAUUAAAAACUAUGAAGCCCAAUCUCAGUCAAUAAAAAAUUUUGAAGCCCUAGGGACAAGGAAAAGGCCCACAGUUAAAUUAGCAUGGUCUGGGCAAUUGGGUUAUGAACAGUAGAAUCGAAGGGGAGAGACAACGCCGGCCAUAGAUAAAGGUGGUGAAUUCCACGUCGGUGCCUUCAAAAUUUUGCAGACAGCUGGUUAGAAUUAAUGACACGUGUAUAUAAUUUCUUUUGUGUCAAAGCAUAUCCAAUUAUAAAGUCUUAAAUUUAACAAAAAAAAUCAUGUGUCUGAUUAGUAGUAACAAAUAAAUAAAUAAAAAAUAAAGUUGACACGUCACUAUCCUCCCCAUGCUUUCAACAUCUAACGGCUAAGAAAACAAAUCGUUUUUUAAUUUAAAAUUUAAGCAUAAAUAAUCUAACACUUUUUAUUUAUUAUUUAUAAUUUAUAAAAACAAAGAAAAACACAGAUCUAAACUAACCCGGCUAAAUUUGUACUCUUUGUUUCUUCCCAUAAUCUUUUGUUUCGUACACUCCUUUUAUAUAAAUAAAAAAAACUAUUGACACGUAUCGCUAGAUUCGAAUCAAAUCCAUCUCUCCGUGUUCUACGGCUUCUUAUCAUUUUUUUUUCUUUUCCUUUCACUCACUGAAA